GCCAGAAGAAGGCGUAGUGAGCAAGCGGCACACCGUCGUGCCUCGCCAGGCUGGCCGCAACUUCCCCGGCAGGCCUCUCACCCACCCAACCUCGGGGCAGUGUUCUGGUGGACAGUGGUUCAAUAGACGGCACGUAUUAAUGUACAGUUAGUUGUUGGGGGACACAGGACAUAAGGGGGUCUUCGCGUGAGCCGGCACACGCGAUGUGCGAUCGCCCGACCGCGACACUGUCCGCCGGGCAGGAGCCUGCACAGGAUCUGGCCGCUUCUGCGGACCACAACAGCACACGACGCGUGCCGUGUGUACAAUGCGCGGGCUUGCCACCAUUGUGCAGCAGGCAGCCGAUACCAGAUGGCGUACGUAGGGGCUCGGGAUUGGAGGGGGGCGCUCAAAUGCGCCCGCCCUACCACAGCGGGGAGUGGCCAUUCGCCCAGGCAGACAGGCAGCAAUUGAGCCCUGGUACUGGGCCACUGGCCGUGGGGAAUCCGCACUUGUAUCCCUCGAGGCAGAGUGAGCUCCCAGCUUCGCCAGCGGGGGACCCCAACUGGCAGGCGGGACACCCCCUGGCACAAAGCUCGCACUGCAUAUGCCCUGUGCUCUGAGCCAGUAGGCAAUUGGCCAUACGGAGCGUGUCCUCUCCGGCUUGUGUGGCUGUCAAGAGCACCAUGUUACUGGCAUAGGCACUAGGGACCAAGGAGCAGACACAGCUGUCCGAACAGGACAUGUAUUUAUGGCCAGAGGGAAAGUGUGCCAACUAGGCGGCCCCGAUGGCAAGUCUCGCCCUGCGGGAAUCUCCCGGCAGUACAUGUCUCGCAGGAUGCGACCCAUGCGCCAGCGGCCCGCUCUUCCGAGCCGGAAUGAAGAAGCCCCCGUAGCCGGGAGAAAUCUUUUCAAACAAGUGGCAGGGUAAGAUUGUCGAUGAAGAAAAUCCCCCCCUCGAGCAACUUGCACACUCGAAGGGCAGAUAAGCGUGCAGCACAGUUUGCCGGACAAACGGCCCAGAGCCCACAAUCCUUGAAAGUGCCAUUGUACCUACUCGCCAAACAAGUGACUCGAUGCCGGUAGCGCCCCAGAGAUACAGGCACUGCAUCGAGUCGGCGAGGUGUGGGCCACGCAAUAGCCAGGAUGCUGGAUGCGAGUGGGGCCGAGAAAGCACCGCCGGCCUGGGCAGGCCCACUGCCAAGCGUUGUUAUGUCUCUUGGAGCCGGGGCUUGCCUUUGAUGCAUUCAUGUGACAGAGUGCAUCCAUCGCACCCUUCUGAGAAGGGAGCGCAUGUGCCAUGGCCCGGGUAGAAGCCCCACGGGCAAAUGCCGGGGCGAAUGCCUUGGUGCAUGAAGUGGCCGGAGUCGCUCUUGGCACAGUCAUCCAAACAGGCAGGGCACUUGCCCUGAUGGGCGAUGAAUGCGUUCGGACAAGCCCCAAAGCAAUGGGACGCAUGCGCGAUGAGGCGCGGUUUGCAACGUGUAGGCUGAUUCCGCCGGACACGCGCGGCAAAUGCAGCCCGGUAACCAAUGCAUCUGUCCACCGAAGCGUAGGCGUCUUCAAGGUGGAAAUAUCGACAUGUACUUGAAUGCCUGGAAGUAUCAGUGGUGCAAAAGGAAAAAAAAACAAACAGCAUUAUCCCAGAUGCUGUUGAUGUGGCCGAUCGGACGGCAUCGCAGCCGGUGAUUUCGGCAUGGGCUCCUUGCGGUUAAUCAGUCGCACUGAGGGCGCUCUGCUGUUGAUGGUCGGCCGAGAAUGCGACGGGUGCAAUGGUCUAACAGAGUGCAUUUUGCGCAGCCAACCGGACAAGGAGUGCACAUAGGUCCGUCUACCGAGGUAUCCGCUGGGCAGGAGGGGUAUCCUGGCUGGCAGGGAGUGCAAGAUCCCGACAGGGUACAUGGCACGCAGCUGGUCAUGCAAUUCAGACGAUUGACCCUUACCCAGGGGACUCGGUCCAGGGGCGUGGCACCCAGCCGGAGAGGGGCUUCUGGCAGCUGGGCAGCCAUGGAAAGGGCGGCCAUCGCUUCAGCCAGCCCCAAUGGGCGGACGGGCAUCCGCACCAACAAUGAUCUCCACAGUCAAAGCGACAGGAGUCCGACAUCGAGCAUUUGGUGGAGGUCAGAGCGGGAGGAUGGGGGCUCAACAGAGGGUCAGAGGGGGGACUAUAUUGCUCAGCAAACAGUGCUGUUCCCCAAGAUGGCUGGCUCAAAAGCCUUAUCUCUGCAGUUGGCUUCCGUCGGGUGUCAGGGCGAGGAGGACAAUUCUUCCCGGCCCUCGUGACCCUGACGCCGAGCCGCCCCCUCCCCCCGGAAUUCAACUAGCGAGACAGGCGGAGUCCUCGGGCUGCCAAAGGAGAAGCCUCUGGGCGUGGAGGGAAGACGAUGAUCGGAGCUGAACAUGGCCAAGACACGGCGCCCUCGCGUCCGGUGGGGCAAAACCAACGAGAACCCCCCCCCUAGCCAGGCAGGUGGAAUACUCAAGUACUGGUGUCCCCGUCACCUGCUGCUGUGCCUCUCUCUGAGCCAUCCCCACGGCAGUCCCUGGCUGGAGUGGGGGGGAGGGGGAGGGCAGAAGGUAUUGAUCCUGGCCCUGCCACGCUGAGACGACCCGAAACAGACAUGCCUGCAAUCUCCCAAGGGCCGAGGCUAGAAAAGGAGGGGAAAAAGCGGGGCCGGUUGGUACCGAUCCGUAAGGACAAUCAGACAUGAGGGCGAAGAUAGCUUCGACCAUCUGAGCCGAAUGUGCCGCUGUUGAGCGUCAGAUUCCGCAAUGAACCGCUGAAUCUGGCGGCUUGCCGGAGUCAUAUGCUGAGCAAUGCUUGGCGCGCGAAGGCAAAUCGCCGGACACACACACAAGAGACACUGGCUCAAGGCACAGGCGGGGAAAGGGCGACCUUAUGAAGGAGAUCCAGAUGAAGCCUUGGAUGUGCGCGUGUGUAUGAUGAGCACGGGCAGAGGGAUAGCUGCACUCGUGUCUGAGGCUGGAUUUGUUGAAACACUCCGGUUCUGGUGUGUGAUUCUGGGGGACCGGUGAG